AUGUCAUGUUACGCCACUGUUCCAGGAUUAUUAUUUGUUUCUGUAACUCCUCGAAAUUCAACCGUUGCCCAAGAAAACAGUCAAAUCAUUUCCUGCAAUGUGACUGGAACACCACCAUCAACAUGCAUUACCUGGCUGUUCACACCAGCUGGUAGCACGCAACAAUCAAUACUAAGUACAACAAAUAGUAACAAAUAUACAGUUGGAACACAACAGGAACCUUGUUUGACUGUACUAAACUUUGAACCAGGUGAUUCUGGUACUUAUAUCUGCAGGGCAAUAAAUGCCGUUGGGUCAUCAUCUAGUUAUCCUGGGUCAACUUUGCAAUACAUAAGUGCACCUAUUACAUCUGUCGAACCAAAUCAACAUGCAGCAAAGGUUGACGAUGCUAGUUUUAAGAUUCAGUGUAAUGUUACUGCUACACCAGGAGCUUUUGAUUGGUACUGGACUUUCCAACCUAUAGUUGGCAGUGUGGAUACUAUAUACAAAGGAACUAACAGUCAAGAAUAUAUGAUAGAAAAUUCUGGUACAAAUCCUCACUUGACGAUAAAGAAUAUUGCAACGAAUAAAACUGGAGUUUACACUUGCUAUGUCCUGAAUACAGCUGGAAUGAGUGUCAGUGCCAGUAAUGCAAAUUCCCAACACACUCUGACAGUCACUGAAGGUUAUUAUUAAA